UCACCCUCGGCACAAGACCUGUAAGUGGCUCCCAGCCUGAAGGAAGCAGUCCAGCUGUGGUCUUCCUGCAGCGGGGAUUGGGUUUCCACGGGCCGCGGAAACUGCCACCGAGCGCGGCGGGGACUCCGCGAUUUGGACGGAAGAAGAAAUUCCCCCCUCGCUCAGCACGACUUUAGGCGGCGGCAACAAGCUUCAGAUAGACAGCUGAGACCUGAAGAUAUAGAGGCCGAUGGUGAGGCCGAUGCAGAAGACGAUUCUAUCAGUGAAGUGACAACUGAAAGUAUACGACCUAGACCACAAGGAUCAUCUCCGGUGUAUGAGUACUGCAUAGAAGAUGAAUAUUUUAACAAAAAGCUUCAGCAAGAUAUAGAGAACAGACAAAGAAGAGACUCUGCCUUCAAAAUGAGUGAUUCACAGGAAUCUAUGGAAGUGACAUUGCAGACAGACGUGGAAUCUGGUGCAAGUGGAUUUAGUGUAGCUGGUGGGGGAGCUGAAGGCAUAUUUGUGAAGCAAGUGCUCAAGGAGUCCCCAGCAUCAAAACUAUUUAGUCUAAAAGAAGGUGAUCAGCUUUUGAGUGCCACAAUCUUUUUUGAUAAUAUCAAAUAUGAAGAUGCACUUAAAAUACUACAGUAUUCUGAACCAUACAAAGUACAGUUUAAUCUUAAAAGAAAACUUGUUGGGAAAGAUGAGCUGGAAACAAUACAUUCUGCAACACAGUCCAAAAAGGAAAAAUUAAGUCAGGGAAGGGAUACAUUGGAAAUAUCUGAGAAGACAAUCUCAGAAGAAGAUAAAACACACUUAAUUGUAAAACAAAGAGUGGGAAGACAAAAAAGACCUAAAAAGGAUAGACUCUCAUGGCCAAAAUUCCAGUCCAUUAAGGGGAAGAAGAUUUUGGGACACAGAAGAUCUCGAAGUACAUCAGAUGCAUAUGAACAUGGCAUUCCAGAUGUUUCUCCCACAAGCACAGAUACAGAAUCACAAUUCCAGCCAGAGGAAAUUCAUGGAAAAACUAAAAAACAAAGCCAAAAGAAACUAAAAUUUCCAACUAUUGGAUUCAAAAUGUACAAAAGUAAACAAGAACCAUAUGAAGUAAAUCCAUUCAAAGAAUAUGAAAAUGAUACUAACAUGGAACUCCCUGAAGUAAUGACAGGAGAGGAUACUACUUCAUUGGAUAUAGAUAGAAAAGCAAGAGGAAAACAAGAGCUAAAAAGAGAUGUAUCAGACACAAUAUUUCAACAUCCACAACAUAUUAGAAAAUACCCUGACGUUGAACUAACUAUUACAACAUCCAAAGACAAGAAAGCAAAAUCCAGUAUCGAAUUUACAAAACAGGAACCUAUAGUUCCAACAUCACAGAUGAAAACAGCAGUAAUUCAAACAAAACAUAUUUCUGACUCUCAAACCAAAGUUUCACAAAAUAUUCCAAAAAUAAGGAAAAAAAAGAAAAAAGAUUCAAGAGAUAAAUCAGAAAUUGAAACCCAAUCUCAGAAAGAGGAAAAAGGAAAAGAAAUAAAUAUUGCCAGCAAAUGUACAUUAACACAUAUUGAAGGUGCCAAACCAGCGAUGGACAUCAAUUGGCCUCAAGUGGAUAUAUCCCUUCACAAAGCUGACCAUAAGGCUACCAAAUCUGAACUGAAGAUGGGAGAAAUUGCUGCUGAUAUAAAUAUCUCAGUAUCUGACUUAAAGUCCCCAACAGAUCAGGCCAUUUUGGGAUUGCAAAUUCCAGACCAAGAAACAAAUGCUCAAUCAGUAAAGAUUCCUGUGGAGGGCUCAGACAUUACACAAGAAGAUGAGGAUGGUAAGUUCAAAAUGUUAAAGUUCCAAAAGCCCAAGUUUGGAAUUUCACUGCCCAAAGGGAAAGGUGUCCCAGAAGGAGAGGUCACUCUGCCUUCCGUAGAAGCGGACCUCCCCAAAACAGGACUGAAAGCGGAAGUGACACUGCCGUCAGCGGACCUUGAAGCUGACAUUAAGCUUCCAGGAGUGGAAGUGGAGGCCCCCAGCCUGGAUGUGGAGGUCGGAGAGAAGGGCAAAAUCAAGAUGCCUGGAGUGAAGAUGCCCAGUGUCAAGGUUGCCAAGCUCGUGGCGCCGGAAGUAGGGAUCUCCCUGCCAAAAGUCGAGGCGGACAUCUCCCUCCCCAAAGGAAAAGCUGAGCUUCCCGAAGGCGAGCUGGCCGUCAAAGUGCCGGAGGCUGGAGGCACCACCGAGGGUGGGGGGAUGAAGAUACACAUGCCAAAGUUCAAGAUGCCCAGCAUGGGAUUCUCCAAACCAGACAUCAAGGGCCCCAAGGUCGACGUGGAUGUCAGCAUGCCUAAAAUGGACAUUUCUCUUCCCGAAACUGAGCUCCAUGUUGCCAAACCCAAGAUCGAGGCGGGCAAACUUGUGGGCGACAUCAGCAUCUCAGCCCCCGAGGUAAAGAUUCCAACGGGCCAGGCCAGCCUGGACCUGGAAGCUCCUGACGUAGACGUAGAGGCCCCUUCCGGCAAGGUGGCCCUGCAGGGGCCCGACAUUAAGAUGGAAAGUGGCGACAGUAAGUUCAAAAUGCCCAAGUUCCAAAUGCCCAAGUUUGGAAUUUCACUGCCCAAAGGGAAAGGUGUCCCAGAGGGAGAGGUCACUCUGCCUUCCGUAGAAGCGGACCUCCCCAAAACAGGACUGAAAGCGGAAGUGACACUGCCGUCAGCGGACCUUGAAGCUGACAUUAAGCUUCCAGGAGUGGAAGUGGAGGCCCCCAGCCUGGAUGUGGAGGUCGGAGAGAAGGGCAAAAUCAAGAUGCCUGGAGUGAAGAUGCCUAGCGUCAAGGUUCCCAAGCUCAAAGCACCGGAAGUAGGGAUCUCCCUGCCAAAGGUCGAGGCGGACGUCUCCCUCCCCAAAGGAAAAGCUGAGCUUCCCGAAGGCGAGCUGGCCGUCAAAGCGCCGGAGGCUGGAGGCACCACCGAGGGUGGGGGGAUGAAGAUACACAUGCCAAAGUUCAAGAUGCCCAGCAUGGGAUUCUCCAAACCAGACAUCAAGGGCCCCAAGGCCGACGUGGACGUCAGCAUGCCUAAAAUGGACAUUUCUCUUCCCGAAACUGAGCUCCAUGUUGCCAAACCCAAGAUCGAGGCGGGCAAACUUGUGGGCGACAUCAGCAUCUCAGCCCCCGAGGUAAAGAUUCCAAUGGGCCAGGCCAGCCUGGACCUGGAAGCUCCUGACGUAGACGUAGAGGCCCCUUCCGGCAAGGUGGCCCUGCAGGGGCCCGACAUUAAGAUGGAAAGUGGCGACAGUAAGUUCAAAAUGCCCAAGUUCCAAAUGCCCAAGUUUGGAAUUUCACUGCCCAAAGGGAAAGGUGUCCCAGAGGGAGAGGUCACUCUGCCUUCCGUAGAAGCGGACCUCCCCAAAACAGGACUGAAAGCGGAAGUGACACUGCCGUCAGCGGACCUUGAAGCUGACAUUAAGCUUCCAGGAGUGGAAGUGGAGGCCCCCAGCCUGGAUGUGGAGGUCGGAGAGAAGGGCAAAAUCAAGAUGCCUGGAGUGAAGAUGCCUAGCGUCAAGGUUCCCAAGCUCAAAGCACCGGAAGUAGGGAUCUCCCUGCCAAAGGUCGAGGCGGACGUCUCCCUCCCCAAAGGAAAAGCUGAGCUUCCCGAAGGCGAGCUGGCCGUCAAAGCGCCGGAGGCUGGAGGCACCACCGAGGGUGGGGGGAUGAAGAUACACAUGCCAAAGUUCAAGAUGCCCAGCAUGGGAUUCUCCAAACCAGACAUCAAGGGCCCCAAGGUCGACGUGGACGUCAGCAUGCCUAAAAUGGACAUUUCUCUUCCCGAAACUGAGCUCCAUGUUGCCAAACCCAAGAUCGAGGCGGGCAAACUUGUGGGCGACAUCAGCAUCUCAGCCCCCGAGGUAAAGAUUCCAACGGGCCAGGCCAGCCUGGACCUGGAAGCUCCUGACGUAGACGUAGAGGCCCCUUCCGGCAAGGUGGCCCUGCAGGGGCCCGACAUUAAGAUGGAAAGUGGCGACAGUAAGUUCAAAAUGCCCAAGUUCCAAAUGCCCAAGUUUGGAAUUUCACUGCCCAAAGGGAAAGGUGUCCCAGAGGGAGAGGUCACUCUGCCUUCCGUAGAAGCGGACCUCCCCAAAACAGGACUGAAAGCGGAAGUGACACUGCCGUCAGCGGACCUUGAAGCUGACAUUAAGCUUCCAGGAGUGGAAGUGGAGGCCCCCAGCCUGGAUGUGGAGGUCGGAGAGAAGGGCAAAAUCAAGAUGCCUGGAGUGAAGAUGCCUAGCGUCAAGGUUCCCAAGCUCAAAGCACCGGAAGUAGGGAUCUCCCUGCCAAAGGUCGAGGCGGACGUCUCCCUCCCCAAAGGAAAAGCUGAGCUUCCCGAAGGCGAGCUGGCCGUCAAAGUGCCGGAGGCUGGAGGCACCACCGAGGGUGGGGGGAUGAAGAUACACAUGCCAAAGUUCAAGAUGCCCAGCAUGGGAUUCUCCAAACCAGACAUCAAGGGCCCCAAGGCCGACGUGGACGUCAGCAUGCCUAAAAUGGACAUUUCUCUUCCCGAAACUGAGCUCCAUGUUGCCAAACCCAAGAUCGAGGCGGGCAAACUUGUGGGCGACAUCAGCAUCUCAGCCCCCGAGGUAAAGAUUCCAACGGGCCAGGCCAGCCUGGACCUGGAAGCUCCUGACGUAGACGUAGAGGCCCCUUCCGGCAAGGUGGCCCUGCAGGGGCCCGACAUUAAGAUGGAAAGUGGCGACAGUAAGUUCAAAAUGCCCAAGUUCCAAAUGCCCAAGUUUGGAAUUUCACUGCCCAAAGGGAAAGGUGUCCCAGAGGGAGAGGUCACUCUGCCUUCCGUAGAAGCGGACCUCCCCAAAACAGGACUGAAAGCGGAAGUGACACUGCCGUCAGCGGACCUUGAAGCUGACAUUAAGCUUCCAGGAGUGGAAGUGGAGGCCCCCAGCCUGGAUGUGGAGGUCGGAGAGAAGGGCAAAAUCAAGAUGCCUGGAGUGAAGAUGCCUAGCGUCAAGGUUCCCAAGCUCAAAGCACCGGAAGUAGGGAUCUCCCUGCCAAAGGUCGAGGCGGACGUCUCCCUCCCCAAAGGAAAAGCUGAGCUUCCCGAAGGCGAGCUGGCCGUCAAAGUGCCGGAGGCUGGAGGCACCACCGAGGGUGGGGGGAUGAAGAUACACAUGCCAAAGUUCAAGAUGCCCAGCAUGGGAUUCUCCAAACCAGACAUCAAGGGCCCCAAGGUCGACGUGAACAUCAGCAUGCCUAAAAUGGACAUUUCUCUUCCCGAAACUGAGCUCCAUGUUGCCAAACCCAAGAUCGAGGCGGGCAAACUUGUGGGCGACAUCAGCAUCUCAGCCCCCGAGGUAAAGAUUCCAACGGGCCAGGCCAGCCUGGACCUGGAAGCUCCUGACGUAGACGUAGAGGCCCCUUCCGGCAAGGUGGCCCUGCAGGGGCCCGACAUUAAGAUGGAAAGUGGCGACAGUAAGUUCAAAAUGCCCAAGUUCCAAAUGCCCAAGUUUGGAAUUUCACUGCCCAAAGGGAAAGGUGUCCCAGAGGGAGAGGUCACUCUGCCUUCCGUAGAAGCGGACCUCCCCAAAACAGGACUGAAAGCGGAAGUGACACUGCCGUCAGCGGACCUUGAAGCUGACAUUAAGCUUCCAGGAGUGGAAGUGGAGGCCCCCAGCCUGGAUGUGGAGGUCGGAGAGAAGGGCAAAAUCAAGAUGCCUGGAGUGAAGAUGCCUAGCGUCAAGGUUCCCAAGCUCAAAGCACCGGAAGUAGGGAUCUCCCUGCCAAAGGUCGAGGCGGACGUCUCCCUCCCCAAAGGAAAAGCUGAGCUUCCCGAAGGCGAGCUGGCCGUCAAAGUGCCGGAGGCUGGAGGCACCACCGAGGGUGGGGGGAUGAAGAUACACAUGCCAAAGUUCAAGAUGCCCAGCAUGGGAUUCUCCAAACCAGACAUCAAGGGCCCCAAGGCCGACGUGGACGUCAGCAUGCCUAAAAUGGACAUUUCUCUUCCCGAAACUGAGCUCCAUGUUGCCAAACCCAAGAUCGAGGCGGGCAAACUUGUGGGCGACAUCAGCAUCUCAGCCCCCGAGGUAAAGAUUCCAACGGGCCAGGCCAGCCUGGACCUGGAAGCUCCUGACGUAGACGUAGAGGCCCCUUCCGGCAAGGUGGCCCUGCAGGGGCCCGACAUUAAGAUGGAAAGUGGCGACAGUAAGUUCAAAAUGCCCAAGUUCCAAAUGCCCAAGUUUGGAAUUUCACUGCCCAAAGGGAAAGGUGUCCCAGAGGGAGAGGUCACUCUGCCUUCCGUAGAAGCGGACCUCCCCAAAACAGGACUGAAAGCGGAAGUGACACUGCCGUCAGCGGACCUUGAAGCUGACAUUAAGCUUCCAGGAGUGGAAGUGGAGGCCCCCAGCCUGGAUGUGGAGGUCGGAGAGAAGGGCAAAAUCAAGAUGCCUGGAGUGAAGAUGCCUAGCGUCAAGGUUCCCAAGCUCAAAGCACCGGAAGUAGGGAUCUCCCUGCCAAAGGUCGAGGCGGACGUCUCCCUCCCCAAAGGAAAAGCUGAGCUUCCCGAAGGCGAGCUGGCCGUCAAAGUGCCGGAGGCUGAAGGCACCACCGAGGGUGGGGGGAUGAAGAUACACAUGCCAAAGUUCAAGAUGCCCAGCAUGGGAUUCUCCAAACCAGACAUCAAGGGCCCCAAAGUCGACGUGGACGUCAGCAUGCCUAAAAUGGACAUUUCUCUUCCCGAAACUGAGCUCCAUGUUGCCAAACCCAAGAUCGAGGCGGGCAAACUUGUGGGCGACAUCAGCAUCUCAGCCCCCGAGGUAAAGUUUCCAACGGGCCAGGUCAGCCUGGACCUGGAUGCUGCUGACGUAGACGUAGAGGCCCCUUCCGGCAAGGUGGCCCUGCAGGGGCCCGGCAUUAAGAUGGAAAGUGGCGACAGUAAGUUCAAAAUGCCCAAGUUCCAAAUGCCCAAGUUUGGAAUUUCACUGCCCAAAGGGAAAGGUGUCCCAGAGGGAGAGGUCACUCUGCCUUCCGUAGAAGCGGACCUCCCCAAAACAGGACUGAAAGCGGAAGUGACACUGCCGUCAGCGGACCUUGAAGCUGACAUUAAGCUUCCAGGAGUGGAAGUGGAGGCCCCCAGCCUGGAUGUGGAGGUCGGAGAGAAGGGCAAAAUCAAGAUGCCUGGAGUGAAGAUGCCCAGUGUCAAGGUUGCCAAGCUCGUGGCGCCGGAAGUAGGGAUCUCCCAGCCAAAAGUCGAGGCGGACAUCUCCCUCCCCAAGGGAAAACCUGAGCUUCCCGAAGGCGAGCUGGCUGUCAAAGUGCCGGAGGCUGAAGGCACCACCGAGGGUGGGGGGAUGAAGAUACACAUGCCAAAGUUCAAGAUGCCCAGCAUGGGAUUCUCCAAACCAGACAUCAAGGGCCCCAAAGUCGACGUGGACGUCAGCAUGCCUAAAAUGGACAUUUCUCUUCCCGAAACUGAGCUCCAUGUUGCCAAACCCAAGAUCGAGGCGGGCAAACUUGUGGGCGACAUCAGCAUCUCAGCCCCCGAGGUAAAGAUUCCAACGGGCCAGGCCAGCCUGGACCUGGAAGCUCCUGACGUAGACGUAGAGGCCCCUUCCGGCAAGGUGGCCCUGCAGGGGCCCGACAUUAAGAUGGAAAGUGGCGACAGUAAAUUCAAAAUGCCCAAGUUCCAAAUGCCCAAGUUUGGAAUUUCACUGCCCAAAGGGAAAGGUGUCCCAGAGGGAGAGGUCACUCUGCCUUCCGUAGAAGCGGACCUCCCCAAAACAGGACUGAAAGCGGAAGUGACACUGCUGUCAGCGGACCUUGAAGCUGACAUUAAGCUUCCAGGAGUGGAAGUGGAGGCCCCCAGCCUGGAUGUGGAGGUCGGAGAGAAGGGCAAAAUCAAGAUGCCUGGAGUGAAGAUGCCUAGCGUCAAGGUUCCCAAGCUCAAAGCACCGGAAGUAGGGAUCUCCCUGCCAAAGGUCGAGGCGGACGUCUCCCUCCCCAAAGGAAAAGCUGAGCUUCCCGAAGGCGAGCUGGACGUCAAAGUGCCGGAGGCUGGAGGCACCACCGAGGGUGGGGGGAUGAAGAUACACAUGCCAAAGUUCAAGAUGCCCAGCAUGGGAUUCUCCAAACCAGACAUCAAGGGCCCCAAGGCCGACGUGGACGUCAGCAUGCCUAAAAUGGACAUUUCUCUUCCCGAAACUGAGCUCCAUGUUGCCAAACCCAAGAUCGAGGCGGGCAAACUUGUGGGCGACAUCAGCAUCUCAGCCCCCGAGGUAAAGAUUCCAACGGGCCAGGCCAGCCUGGACCUGGAAGCUCCUGACGUAGACGUAGAGGCCCCUUCCGGCAAGGUGGCCCUGCAGGGGCCCGACAUUAAGAUGGAAAGUGGCGACAGUAAGUUCAAAAUGCCCAAGUUCCAAAUGCCCAAGUUUGGAAUUUCACUGCCCAAAGGGAAAGGUGUCCCAGAGGGAGAGGUCACUCUGCCUUCCGUAGAAGCGGACCUCCCCAAAACAGGACUGAAAGCGGAAGUGACACUGCCGUCAGCGGACCUUGAAGCUGACAUUAAGCUUCCAGGAGUGGAAGUGGAGGCCCCCAGCCUGGAUGUGGAGCUUCCCAAAGGCGAGCUGGCUGUCAAAGUGCCGGAGGCUGAAGGCACCACCGAGGGUGGGGGGAUGAAGAUACACAUGCCAAAGUUCAAGAUGCCCAGCAUGGGAUUCUCCAAACCAGACAUCAAGGGCCCCAAGGUCGACGUGGACGUCAGCAUGCCUAAAAUGGACAUUUCUCUUCCCGUAACCGAGCUCCAUGUUGCCAAACCCAAGAUCGAGGAGGGCAAACUUGUGGGCGACAUCAGCAUCUCAGCCCCCAAGGUAAAGAUUCCAACGGGCCAGGCCAGCCUGGACCUGGAAGCUCCUGACGUAGACGUAGAGGCCCCUUCCGGCAAGGUGGCCCUGCAGGGGCCCGACAUUAAGAUGGAAAGUGGCGACAGUAAGUUCAAAAUGCCCAAGUUCCAAAUGCCCAAGUUUGGAAUUUCACUGCCCAAAGGGAAAGGUGUCCCAGAGGGAGAGGUCACUCUGCCUUCCGUAGAAGCGGACCUCCCCAAAACAGGACUGAAAGCGGAAGUGACACUGCCGUCAGCGGACCUUGAAGCUGACAUUAAGUUUCCAGGAGUGGAAGUGGAGGCCCCCAGCCUGGAUGUGGAGGUCGGAGAGAAGGGCAAAAUCAAGAUGCCUGGAGUGAAGAUGCCUAGCGUCAAGGUUCCCAAGCUCAAAGCACCGGAAGUAGGGAUCUCCCUGCCAAAGGUCGAGGCGGACGUCUCCCUCCCCAAAGGAAAAGCUGAGCUUCCCGAAGGCGAGCUGGCCGUCAAAGUGCCGGAGGCUGGAGGCACCACCGAGGGUGGGGGGAUGAAGAUACACAUGCCAAAGUUCAAGAUGCCCAGCAUGGGAUUCUCCAAACCAGACAUCAAGGGCCCCAAGGUCGACGUGGACAUCAGCAUGCCUAAAAUGGACAUUUCUCUUCCCGAAACUGAGCUCCAUGUUGCCAAACCCAAGAUCGAGGCGGGCAAACUUGUGGGCGACAUCAGCAUCUCAGCCCCCGAGGUAAAGAUUCCAACGGGCCAGGCCAGCCUGGACCUGGAAGCUCCUGACGUAGACGUAGAGGCCCCUUCCGGCAAGGUGGCCCUGCAGGGGCCCGACAUUAAGAUGGAAAGUGGCGACAGUAAGUUCAAAAUGCCCAAGUUCCAAAUGCCCAAGUUUGGAAUUUCACUGCCCAAAGGGAAAGGUGUCCCAGAGGGAGAGGUCACUCUGCCUUCCGUAGAAGCGGACCUCCCCAAAACAGGACUGAAAGCGGAAGUGACACUGCCGUCAGCGGACCUUGAAGCUGACAUUAAGCUUCCAGGAGUGGAAGUGGAGGCCCCCAGCCUGGAUGUGGAGGUCGGAGAGAAGGGCAAAAUCAAGAUGCCUGGAGUGAAGAUGCCUAGCGUCAAGGUUCCCAAGCUCAAAGCACCGGAAGUAGGGAUCUCCCUGCCAAAGGUCGAGGCGGACGUCUCCCUCCCCAAAGGAAAAGCUGAGCUUCCCGAAGGCGAGCUGGCCGUCAAAGUGCCGGAGGCUGGAGGCACCACCGAGGGUGGGGGGAUGAAGAUACACAUGCCAAAGUUCAAGAUGCCCAGCAUGGGAUUCUCCAAACCAGACAUCAAGGGCCCCAAGGUCGACGUGGACAUCAGCAUGCCUAAAAUGGACAUUUCUCUUCCCGAAACUGAGCUCCAUGUUGCCAAACCCAAGAUCGAGGCGGGCAAACCUGUGGGCGACAUCAGCAUCUCAGCCCCCGAGGUAAAGAUUCCAACGGGCCAGGCCAGCCUGGACCUGGAAGCUCCUGACAUAGACGUAGAGGCCCCUUCCGGCAAGGUGGCCCUGCAGGGGCCCGACAUUAAGAUGGAAAGUGGCGACAGUAAGUUCAAAAUGCCCAAGUUCCAAAUGCCAAAACUGGGAAUCUCACUGCCCAAAGGGAAAGGUGUCCCACAGGGUGAGGUCACUCUUCCUUCCGUAGAAGCGGACCUCCCCAAAACAGGACUGAAAGCGGAAGUGACACUGCCGUCAGCGGACCUUGAAGCUGACAUUAAGCUUCCAGGAGUGGAAGUGGAGGCCCCCAGCCUGGAUGUGGAGGUCGGAGAGAAGGGCAAAAUCAAGAUGCCUGGAGUGAAGAUGCCUAGCGUCAAGGUUCCCAAGCUCAAAGCACCGGAAGUAGGGAUCUCCCUGCCAAAGGUCGAGGCGGACGUCUCCCUCCCCAAAGGAAAAGCUGAGCUUCCCGAAGGCGAGCUGGCCGUCAAAGUGCCGGAGGCUGGAGGCACCACCGAGGGUGGGGGGAUGAAAAUACACAUGCCAAAGUUCAAGAUGCCCAGCAUGGGAUUCUCCAAACCAGACAUCAAGGGCCCCAAGGUCGACGUGGCCAUCAGCAUGCCUAAAAUGGACAUUUCUCUUCCCGAAACUGAGCUCCAUGUUGCCAAACCCAAGAUCGAGGCGGGCAAACUUGUGGGCGACAUCAGCAUCUCAGCCCCCGAGGUAAAGAUUCCAACGGGCCAGGCCAGCCUGGACCUGGAAGCUCCUGACGUAGACGUAGAGGCCCCUUCCGGCAAGGUGGCCCUGCAGGGGCCCGACAUUAAGAUGGAAAGUGGCGACAGUAAGUUCAAAAUGCCCAAGUUCCAAAUGCCCAAGUUUGGAAUUUCACUGCCCAAAGGGAAAGGUGUCCCAGAGGGAGAGGUCACUCUGCCUUCCGUAGAAGCGGACCUCCCCAAAACAGGACUGAAAGCGGAAGUGACACUGCCGUCAGCGGACCUUGAAGCUGACAUUAAGCUUCCAGGAGUGGAAGUGGAGGCCCCCAGCCUGGAUGUGGAGGUCGGAGAGAAGGGCAAAAUCAAGAUGCCUGGAGUGAAGAUGCCUAGCGUCAAGGUUCCCAAGCUCAAAGCACCGGAAGUAGGGAUCUCCCUGCCAAAGGUCGAGGCGGACGUCUCCCUCCCCAAAGGAAAAGCUGAGCUUCCCGAAGGCGAGCUGGCCGUCAAAGUGCCGGAGGCUGGAGGCACCACCGAGGGUGGGGGGAUGAAGAUACACAUGCCAAAGUUCAAGAUGCCCAGCAUGGGAUUCUCCAAACCAGACAUCAAGGGCCCCAAGGUCGACAUGGACGUCAGCAUGCCUAAAAUGGACAUUUCUCUUCCCGAAACUGAGCUCCAUGUUGCCAAACCCAAGAUCGAGGCGGGCAAACCUGUGGGCGACAUCAGCAUCUCAGCCCCCGAGGUAAAGAUUCCAACGGGCCAGGCCAGCCUGGACCUGGAAGCUCCUGACAUAGACGUAGAGGCCCCUUCCGGCAAGGUGGCCCUGCAGGGGCCCGACAUUAAGAUGGAAAGUGGCGACAGUAAGUUCAAAAUGCCCAAGUUCCAAAUGCCAAAACUGGGAAUCUCACUGCCCAAAGGGAAAGGUGUCCCACAGGGUGAGGUCACUCUUCCUUCCGUAGAAGCGGACCUCCCCAAAACAGGACUGAAAGCGGAAGUGACACUGCCGUCAGCGGACCUUGAAGCUGACAUUAAGCUUCCAGGAGUGGAAGUGGAGGCCCCCAGCCUGGAUGUGGAGGUCGGAGAGAAGGGCAAAAUCAAGAUGCCUGGAGUGAAGAUGCCUAGCGUCAAGGUUCCCAAGCUCAAAGCACCGGAAGUAGGGAUCUCCCUGCCAAAGGUCGAGGCAGACGUCUCCCUCCCGAAAGGAAAAGGUGAAUUGUCUGAUGGUGAGGCUGCCAUCAAAGUGGCAGGAGCAGAAGGUAGUCAUGAGAAGGGCAGGAUGAAAAUUCACAUGCCAAAGUUCAAGAUGCCCAGCAUGGGAUUCUCCAAACCAGAUAUCAAGGGACCCAAAAUCGAUGUGGACGUCAGCAUGCCUGAUGUGCACGUUUCUCUUCCAACAGCUGAACUUAGCACUAUGAAACCAGAUCUGAAGACUGAUGAACUUGCAGCUGACAUCAGCAUUUCACAGUCAGAUAUAAAGAUACCAACUGGUCAGGCCACACUGGAACUAAAAGCUCCCGAUGUAGUAGUAGAGGCUCCUUCUGGUAAGGUUGAUGUGGAGGGGAGCGAAGUGAAGGUUGACAGUGGAGAUAGUAAGUUCAAAAUGCCAAAGUUCCAAAUGCCCAAGUUGGGAAUCUCUCUUCCCAAAGGGAAAGGCAUCCCAGCUGGAGAGAUUACCUUACCUUCCAUGGAAACAGAUGUCCCCAAACCAGGACUGAAUGCUGAAAUCCAAGCACCCUCUGCCAGUCAUGAAGCUGACCUAAAGCUGCCAGAAGUAGAGAUUGGGGGCUGCAGCCUGAACAUGGAAGUUGGAGAGAAGGGCAAAGUCCACAUUCCUGGAGUCGAGAUGUCUAGUGCCAAGAUUCCCAAGGUCAAAGCUGCAGAAAUAGAGAUCACUCUGCCAAACGUCGAGGCAGACAUCUCCCCUCCCAAAAGAAAAGCUGAAGUGCCCGAAGCCGAGGUGGCCUUCACUGUGCCAAUAGCAGAAGUGAGCCAUGAGAAAAGCAGGGUGAAAAUGCACAUGCCAAAGUUCAAGAUGCCCAGCAUGGGAUUCUCCAAACCAGAUAUCAAGGGACCCAAAGUCGACGUGGACGUCAGUAUGACUGACGUCUCUCCAAAAGCUGAGCUCAGUACUAUAAAAUCCGGGCUUAAGACAGACAAUCUUGAGGGCAGCAUCAGAACAGCAGCACCUGAAGUAAAGAUUCCAGGUGUCCCAGUCACUGUGGAACUAAAAGCUCCCGACAUAGGCGUACAGGAUUGUUCAGGAAAAGUUCCAGAUACCGAUAUUGGCCUACCCAAGGACAUUGAUGUUCCCCAGCUGAAAAUAACAACAGAUAUUACUGAUAUUGCAGUGGAAGUUCCAACAUUUGAAAUGGAGUCUGGUGUACCUGGUGAAAAAAAGAAUGUUUUGGAAGAGAAAAUAAAAAUGCCCCAAAUCCUUAGAGUUGAUGUGAAGACUGGAGCAGUGGACAUACCACCUGUCGAUGUUUCUGUUGCACAGUCAGAGGUAGGCACUCAGGAUUUACAUGCUGCAGCUAAAGAGCCAGAAACUAAGGGAGAGAUAAAGUCAGGAAGUUUAGAUGGAGAAGAAAAAGGACAUUUUAAAAUGCCAAAAUUCAAAUUACCGUCAUUGAGCUGGUCACCUAAAAAGGAAGCAAGCCUUAAAACAAAUAUAAAAGAACUUCUGGAAGAAUCCAAAGUGGCCAUCACAUCAGAUGAUACAGGCACAGAACCAAAAGUAAAUCUUUCAGAAGAUCAAGGAGUUCAUAUUGACCAAAGUAUAGAAAUAGCCACAAGAAAAGGUCAGGUGAAGAGACCUCAUAUAAUUAUGCCCAAAAUCUCACGGUCUAAGGCAAAGCUACCAAAAGCAGAGGUGGAUAUAGUAGUGGAAGGUGAGGGAGCUUCAGUACAAAUACCUGACAUAGAAAACAGUUUUACUACAAGAAAAGUAGAAGAAACAGAAAUAAGUGUAAAAAUAUUGAAAGAUGAAAUCAAGGAAGAAAUCAAAAUGUUCCAGACAGAUACAGAUAUUAAUUUAUCCAGAACUGAUAUUAAGGUGCCCCUGACAAAAAGUUCAUUUGAACAGAAGAGUUUAGAAACAGGGUUCAAAGGUGACGUUUAUAUGGACAAUGCAAGUAUGAAAUCUGAUGGUACAGAGGGGAAAUUUAGCAUGCCAAAACUCAAAAUGCCAGAGUUUGGAAUUUCACAUCAGGAAAGUGAUGUGUCCGGCAGUGGAAUCACUUUACCAAAAACAGAGUCUGAUGUCUCUCAGUUUCAAACGACAACAGAAUCUGAUAAACUUGGUAGAAAAGCUCAGCCCUUAGACGUUAAAAAUUAUGAAGCAAAUUCUGAAGAAAUUCAGACUGAGGAAUCUCAGAGUUGGUUUAAAAUGCCAAAAUUCAAAAUGCCUUCAUUUGGCCGAACAUCUUCAAAGACAAAAAAAAGUGAUGCUGAAACUGAAGACAGCACUGGAAAAGCUCUUGUCACUGAAUUACAAGUUGAAGUAAAAUCUCCUAAAGUUGUAACCACAUCUCCCCAUGUGGAACUUGACAUUGGAAAAGACAUUGUAGAACCAAAAGUCGUGCUUCCUCAAGAGGAUAUUAUAAUACAGAAAGAAAAACAGCCUAAGACUGACCUGUUAGUGGGUGAAGGCAGUUUUUUACAGUCCUUAGAAAAGGCUGGCAGGAAACUUAGUGACCUGGAGAUUAAAACGUAUGCUGAUGUAGUUAAACAUGGUGCAGAAGGACAAAGUUUGCAAAUACAUAAACCUGAAUUCAUUGGCCCUACAUCAGAAAUCACUGUCCCAAAGAUGGAUAUUGAUAUAAACAUCCCUAAAAGUGAGAUGACCCUUCAGCAGCACAAAGUCAUAUUAGACACUAUGGAAGUAGCUGAAGUACCAUCUACUGAAAUUACUAUGGGAAGGAAAAUUGAUCCUACUAUUACAGACACAGAGCCUCUGCAAAGUCUUGAUACACAACCUGAAGAGAUGGGGAGUGAAAAGAAGUCACCAAAAAAGGAUACUCAGGGAAAAGAAAGUAUAUUCAAAAUGCCAACAUUCAGUGUGCCUUUGUUUGGAUGGUCUACCACAAAGAGCAAUGCCAUUCUUCCCGGUAUUGUAUCUGACCUAGAAGAACCUGCUGUUGCUCUUUCCAAAGUUAAAAUGGGUGUUUCAAUCACUGAUGAAGACUUUGAAAUCAUUGAUUUCCCAACUGACAGCUUUGAAAAAGAUUUACCCACAGAAGAUGAAGUGAAAGCAGAAGAGAAACAGAAAUCAAGUAAAACUAAAGCAUCUAAAUUCAAGAUACCAAAAUUUGCCAAUUUGCACAGUAAAUCUCAGGGUGCAGAAGUUCAGGUUGAUCCACCAAAAGUGCAGACUGAGGUGUCACUAGUUAAACUUGAAGGAGAGAUACCAGGAAUCCAAGUUGAGGAUAAAAAACCUGGAGAUACAGAAGUAAGUUUCCAUAUUCCCAAAUUCAAAAUGCCCAAGUUCACACAUAGAAUUUCUGAAGGAGAAACACUGACUUCAGAAGAGACAAUGGAUAUAAAAUAUACUACUGAUGAUAUUUCUCAACUGCAGUUCAGGACUAUGUCCCCUGAAGAAAAAGGAGAUACAGGAUAUGAUAUUCAGAAAUCAAAAGUCAGAAUUACAACAUUGUCUGAACCUGCCAUUCAAAGACCACAAGUUGGAAUUAAACUCCCAUCUACAGACUCUCCUUUUGCAGAUACAACAGUGUGCAUACAAGUGCCAAAGGAAUUUGGUGCUGAAUUUCUUACAGAGAAAAUAGAUACCAUAGAUGGUAACAUUCAAAAAUCAGUAGCUAAAAUUACAACACUGAGGGAGCCAGACAUUCAAAGAGCACCACUUGAAAUUAAACUUCAGUCUGACGAUCCAUUUAGUCCAAGUGCACCAGUGCAGGUUCAAGGAUCAUACACUGAAAGUAAAGAAAUAAAGAUGGAAGGUAAAUCUACCUUUGGCUAUGGUGAUGACGCUGAAAUACAGGAAUCUUUCUCCACUCAAAUAGUAAAAGAAUCUGAGAUUCUUCCAUCGGAAGUUAAAACUGCUGCCUUUGGAUUUUCACUUCUCAAAGUGAAAAUCCAGGAAUCACAUGUGAGCUUACAUACACCAGUCAAGUUAUCUUCUACAGAAUGUAUGGAGGAAACAUUUGAGGGUAAGGAUCAUCAACUUUCAGGUUCAGGAAAAUCCACACAGAAGAGUGGUUUGGAUGAAGUGAAACCAUCUGGUAAAGAUAAAGAUAUAACUUGUGAAUUUACUGAAGGAGCAUCUUCUGCUACAACACUGACAAAGCUUAAAGACUUUACAGUUGAAGUACAAUCUUCUAGUGAGUUUGCAGAGAGUCAUUCUGAGCCAAUAGAGAUAUCUAAAUCUGUAGAAUUUGCAGAAGAAACUAAAUUUACAAGUAGCACAGAAGAGCCCACAGAUGAAAAAGAAAAACUUGACAGUAAGAGAUCUUCUGGCAGAUUUAAACUUUGGUUUCCAAGUAUUGGGUUUUCUUCCACUGCUGAUGACACAAAGUCAGAUUCAAAACCUGAAGCUCAACAGGAAAUUCAGUCUGAUGAUUCACUCAUAUUAGACAGUGAUACUGCCAAACAAACUGAAAAAACAGGAUGGUUUAGAUUUCCCAAGUUAGGUUUUUCAUCUCCAACAAAAAAGAGCAAGGAAGUGGACAAAGAAAAGGAAACAGAUCCAAAAGAGGGAAAGGAUGAAGAAAGUCCAACAGAAAAAUCAGAAACUUUUUUUGAUGCUCAGGAAACCUUAUCACUCAAAGAGAAAGAAGAAAAUGAAACCUCAGGUGACAUACCAUCAGAGCCCAUUGUUUCAUCUUCAGCAAGAACUGAAUUGAUACUCUUAGAGAAAGGGAAAGGUAAACCCCAACCUAUUCCUGAAGACUCAUCAAACUAAAAUUGUUUCUUCCUCCAUAUAAAUAUAUGUAACAAUAUUAUAUUCUGAAAAAUACUUUUAAAAAUCAGAAAAUAACAUUGCCUUCAUUUCAGCAAACUAAACAGAAUGUUACCUUAAAAUGGUCUUUAAAAUGCUUUAUACUGCAGUAGUGUUUAUAAGCUCAUGGGAGAGUCUUUCGUGUCUUCACAGAAACAUUUGUUAACCGCAAUACGAAAUACACGUAUAAGAAAAUACAGCCGGAUCGUACCACUGAUUAAAGAUGUCCAUAGUCCCAAUGAAACCAACCAUGAUUUUUCUACUAAUAUCUAUAGAGUUGUUCUCUCUUCAGAUCUAUUUAGAGGAACCAAAGCAAAGCAAGACAUUAAAUAUACUUUUCUGAAAAUUACAAUGAUUUUGUUUGGGAUUAUUUGCAGAAAGUAAUAAGAAGCUAGUGCCGAGAGAAAUAGAAAUAUAUUUCUCCUUUUUUAGAUUUUAUUUUUUUAACUAUAUUUAUGCUGCUCUCUUAUGAAAAAAAAAUUAUCAUCUUAGAAUAGGUAUACUCCAAAAUCAUUGUAAACUGUAGGUAAAUGGAAAUAAGAAUGUAAAUGUUAUAGCAGUUAUUCUUACUUUAAGACUUUGUUCACCCAAAACAAUUAAUUGAUCAGUUAAAGAUCUAGCAGCCAGAUUUGCACCACAUGCUAAAUUUGCUUAGUUUUAAGCGUGGUUAAUUUUUUUGUAAUUGGACUGUGAUGUGUACCCAACCCAUUUGUACAAACCAAGAAAAUGGGUCAAUUCAGUAGCCAGCUGAAGCAUGCUUUGUAAAUAAAGCCUAUCAGUCUUAUCCAGUCCAGUUCAGGGGAAUUAUUGGGAGCUACAGAAAUAGCAUAUAUGUCAUAAAUCUAAGUUACCUACUGUGGUAACUUAGUGCCACAUUUUCCAGUAUAUUGUGCUGGCAAAGCUUCCAACUGAUAGCUAUAUCCUGAGCAUUUACGUGCCAGAACAGCUUAUCUAAUUCAGGUUGCUUCUGAAUUGCAUUUUUUAUCAAGGAUCUUAACGCUGAUAUAUUAAGAUCUGUGUUGGUGCUCCAUCUCAUGGUCAUCUGUGUGCAUAGUAAACAUUCACUCCCAUGUUGCCACUAGAUGGGAGUUUUCCAAUACACUAAGCAAGAAUUUAACACUUUCCUGCUUCUCUAGUUUCUUAUCAGAUACAGUAAAAAUAACAUCAUUCAUACAACAUAACAGAAUAAUGCAUUCAGUUUACAACAUAUUAUGGCCAAGUAAUAAAGUGAAUUUCCCCUAUUUUAAGUGCAACAUUUUUAAUCACCAAAAGGCAAGAUUCAUAAGAUCAAUCUACCUUGAUAAAAAGAACCUUCUGAAUCAAACAAGAUGGUCCUAAAUAAGGGGGUCUGAAGGGGUUUAAUGUCAAGUACUUCAGUGUGACAUGUUUGUAAACUGGAAUUCAAGUGACUUGAGAAGGCAGUAAUAGUGUGAGGUGUCAUCUUUGAAGUACAAAGUACAAAUAGAGGUUUUAAAUGUUUCCUGGAGAUGUAAAUAGGUAUUAUUGGUUUCUGGAUUAUAUGAUUGCUUUUUAUAAGUAUACAGCUAACGAAGAUGAUACAUACCUAUUUAAAAAUUAUGCUUACUUAUGACAAAAAUGUAGAAUAUGUUCUGGCUAUGCUCCUGAUAUGGUAAUAAAAGCAGUAUUGUUUGUAUUGUGAUAAUCA